CCGACUUCAAUGCGCCCCGAGAGUCUGUUGCGUUCAGUCGCCCAGUGCGCUCCUCAGAUACAAAACGCAAACGCUAACCUACGAGAUACUUUUUCCGCUGCGCGUGUGUGUCCGGUCCGAACUUAGUGAGUGAUUAAAGUGUGCAGAAAAUAAAUUACACUUUUGAUAUCUGUCCCCUGCGGCGGCCAAGCAAGCAAAUGUUUGCCUAAUUCAGAGCAACAAUUUAGCUCAUGCCUAAAAAUAUAAUUAACGUGCGUGAGCGUUUUUCUCUCUCUUUCGGCGAAGGAAAACAGCUGGUCACCUAAAAAGUGUUUCUAUAAAAAUCAUUUGCUUGGAUCUUCUGAAGACAGAGCGGCAAAUCAAAGAGACUCGACUCAUUUCCGCGGCAGUGUAACUCAAAAACAAAACUGAGAUAAAAUAGUGAAGCGAAAAAUAAGAAAAUAAAUAUAAAUAAACAAAAAAGCAAGCAAGCAAGCAAUGGCCACCUCAACGCUGCAAUCUCCUUCGCCGUCUUCGACGGCCAAGAAUCCGCAACUGAAGCGCGUCGUCUACUCGAAGUAUCGCGAACUUCUCGGCUCGUACAAUGAUAAGGCCAAUGCCAUCAUCGAAACCCUGCCGGCCUAUAUGGUUCGUCAGGAUCGCGGCUUCCAGCUAUCGGAGCUGCCCGUGAAUGGGGAUGCCAAACUGAACCUGGAAUCGUCGUAUGGCCAACGCGGAGGAGGCGGAUCCGGAAACGGGGGCUACGAGGCGCCCGCCUGUGUGCAGAAUGCGAUGAUGACGAAGGACAAGAAGCCAUUCACCUACACGCCCGGCGGCAUCGAUCUCUCGCAGAUCCGCUCGGAGCGGAUGGCCAAGCGACUGGCGCGCAAUGCCCAAUCCGAGGGAGCCACCGGUGCCGCCCAGCAGAACAGACCCGCGCAGCCACAGUCGCCCGGUGGUGCAGUCGUCGGUGGGGCAGCCAGCACGAUUGGAGCCGCCGGCAUGGGCAUGCCGUUCCAGGUGCUGCCACCACCACCACCACCGCCGCAGCCACAAGCACAGGGUAAGAAUGGCGCUGCGAGUGCCGCAGCUGCUGCACCACCCCCACCACCCCCACAACAACCCAGCUCGUUAGCGCCACCCGGUCGCCUCAGUGCCCCGGGUUCACCGGCUGCGGCCCGUAAAUCGCCGACUCCACAGCGCUUUGAGCCGCCGCCACUGGGCUUCCGGCCGGAGAUCAAGAUUCCACCGAAUCCCAUGGCCGCUCUGCGCAAGGUGGCUCCGCCGGUGGAGAAGAACACGUUCUGGAAGGACGAGUACCGCAAGGAUCGCUCCAAGAGCCCCCUGCCCGAGGUGGCCGCCAAUGGAGGCCAGAACGAUGGCCAGAACGGAGGAUACAGCCAGGCGGAUGUCGUUGAUGGUCCUAAGUCAUCAGCAACUAGUGUGGAGAGCAGCUAUAGCCCCUACACACCACCCCAACAAGCUCCUCCAGUGGCCAAGAGUCCACCGGUGCAGCAGCAACAGCCAACGCCGCCGGCAACACCACCGCAGCAGCAGCAACAACAGCAACAGCCGGAGCAGCAACCUGCAACACGGCAGGAGUUCCGCAGUGUUCCCAUGCCAACAUCUCCGGCUGUGAAUGUCUACACUCGCCAGUCGGACAGUCCGCGAUCGCCUUUCGAGCAGCAGCAACAACAGUUGCAGCCACAGCAGCAGCAGCAGCGAUCCACUGAAAGCCCCUUCCGAUUUGCACAGCAGCAACAGCAACAGUCGCCGCAGCAACGGCCGCCAACAGCGAUAUCGCCGCUGGCUCAGCAGCAGCAACUUCAACAACAACAGCAACUUCAACAGCAACAGCAGCAGUUGCAGCAAUUGCAGCUGCAACAUCAGCAGCUUCAGCAACAGCAGCAACAACUGCAGCAGCAACAGCAACAGCAUCAACAGCAGCAGCAGCAGCAGCAACAGCAGCAACAACAGGCAGCCCAAUCAGUUCCGUGGCGCACUCAACGCGCUCAACCUGCCGCACAGCAGCAGCAACAGGAGUCGCAUCCACAACCCAUCUACAACAAUGUCCAGCAGCAGCAACAAAGAUCUCGCGAUGUUUUCAGCCCGGCAAGGAAUGAAGCACCAGCAGCAACCAGCAGCACGUUCAAUUCACAGCAGCAACAGCAGAACUUUGGCACUCAACAAAACCAGUUUGCAGGAGCAGCAAAGCCAACCAACGUUGGCUCGCUGUACAUUGCUCCUUUGGCUCAGCCCACAGAGCCGCAGGCUCAACGGAUCCUCUUGCAACAGCAGCAGCAAUCUGCUCGGGAUUCCCCAAUGCGCCAGUUGCCACAGCAACAAGGAUCGCCACAGCAGCCACAGGCCAACCAACCGAUGAGGUGGCUCAGCUCCCAGCCGGCCAGCAAGGAGCAGGCUCCGUGGGCUCGUCCCGAGGAGAACGGCAAUGUCCUGCCCUCCACCUUGCGACAGACCACUCCGGCUCCGCAGCCCCAAGUUGCACCUCAGUCGCAACAGCAACAGCAACAGCCACUGCAGCAGCAACAGCCACUUCAGCAGCAACAGCCAUUGCAGCAGCAGCAGACGUCGUUCUUCCAGCCUCAGUUGCUCCAGGGGAAUGGAUUUGGCCCAUCUUCUAUUGGGUCUCCCAUCAGCCUGCAGAACUUCGGAUCGAAUCCGCAGCCAGGAGGACUGCGUCUGCAGAUCAACCUGAACACCAAUGGCAGCAGCAACAAUGCCAAUCCAAGUGCUCCAAGGGAGCGUAUCAUACCCAUUACUUUAGAGCAGACACCCACUUAUGCCGCAGCCCAGCCCAAUUUUGGUGGUCACAUAAUACGCUCAGCUAAUCAAUUUGUCGAUCAAGGUUACCAGAAUUACCCAGCUCAAUCGCAGCCGCAGCGAGUCCUGUCGCCCAAUCAGCCCACCAAUGCCAACAACACCAAUGGUAAUGCCAGCAGGAUAAUUCCCAUUUCGAUCGAGGGACGCGGAGGUCCUGUUUCCCAGUCCCCGGUGCUCUUGCAAAACGAUCCACGCUCACCGCCCAUCCAAUCGAAAUCGUUUAGAAUAUUGCAAAAGAUAACCGACACCGUGGACGAUGGAAGCGGGAAUGGUAACGAUAUGCGGCAGGAUCUGCAGCAGACGCCCCAGGAGGCGGAGUUGCAGAGGCCGCAGUUCGCCCGCCAGAUGAGUGCCCAGCAGGCCAGGAACAGUCCGACCAUCGAGCAGAUGCGACGCCUCCAAAUCUCGCAGGAUCAGCAGAACAACACUUAUCAGCAGUCGGGUACGCCACUAGCUUGGUCCCCGCAAGGUAACGGCGUUUCUCCUCAAAAUCGAUUCACACAACAACGAUAUGAUACCCCCCAACAACAACAGCAAUAUGUGCCGCCAAGUGAACAACAAGCUCCGGAACCCAAAAAAUAUACUGGCAGCGCAAUUCCCAGUCGAUCAUUUAAAAUUCUACAGGCAAUGACAACACCUGAAAAUGCCGACCAUAAAAUUCACACCGAGCUGGACUCGGAUUUGGAAAAUGUUGAACUGAACGAAUCCCCAAAUAAUAAUAAUAAUAAUAGUAACAAUGGAAAUACUGAAAAUAAUAAUAAUAAUAAUAUUAACAGUAAAACCAACAAACGUCAUAGCUACACCUCAUCCACAGCCACACCCACAUCAUCAUCCUUCGCAGAACCCAACACCCAUUCAUCAAACUCAUCCCUGAAUUCGGAUAGCUCUUGUCCACCACACUCUGCUCGAUCGCAGUCGGUGCCACCACAAUAUCCCUAUGCCUAUGGUUAUCCUUAUCCCUGGUAUAUGCCUCCUCCUCCGCCGCAGGUGAAUGGUGAAACUGCUCCCUGGCCAUAUCCAUAUCCGUAUCCCCCACCACCACAAUCCGUGGAUGGCAAACCGGCCGAGGGAUUUCCCCCGUAUCCCUAUUACUAUCCUUAUUAUCCACCACCGAUGCCACCCUACGCUCAACAGCAAGGGGAUUCCCAAUAUCCCGCCGGUUAUCCUCAGUUCCAUGCCAUGCCACCCUAUGGUCAUCCGUAUCCCUAUCCCGUGGCUCCCAGCUAUAGCCAGAGUUCCACCGAGGAGAGCAGGGCCAGUAGUGUUCUGCCAGACAUAAUUAUCACCCCGAGUACCGAUGAUAUCCCCUCGCAGGUGAUCAUGAAGCAUCACAUCCGUGUGGAACCCAGAGAACCACCAAAGAGAGCACACUCCGUGGAGAUCGAAGAGUUGGUCAGCAGACCGAAGGCCCGAAACAUUUGCACCAACAAACACGAAGUCAUCGAUGUGCUGAGUCAACGGUUGGCAAAUAUCAAUAAGAUUGCCAGUGGAAAUACCCAGGCAAAUCUCUCAAAGCAAUUGCACAAAAACUAUGUGGGUGAACAAUCCAAGGAACUGGGUGAGAGAUCUCCCAGCGAAAAUGCCUCGAAUUCGGAUAGUGAAUCUGAUGAAGAAAGUAGCGAUGAUGACGAAGAGGAUACCCCCAAACUGGGAGCUCGUCCAGCUCCAUUGCAGUCCAUUAAAUCAGUGACCAAUGUCCAAGUUUACAAGGGAAAAGUCCUGGAACAACAUCUGGAUUCUGAAAGCAGUGAGGAUGAAGAUGAUGUGACCACUGCGGAUGAAAUGUACGAUGAAGAGGAACAGAUCGAAGAAGAGCAAGAGGGACUGGUCGAGGAAAUGGAGGAUGAUUACAUUGUGGAGGAGGAUCUCAGUGUUAUUUACGAAGAGGAAAGCGAAUUAGAACGUAGCAGUGAUUAUGCCAAGACAGUCAUUCGAAAGGAUGACUCCAGAUCCACAAUAGUCGAUGAGAUCGAAAACCAAAUCGAAGAGAAUGAUGAUGAUGACGAAGAUGAAGAUGAGAAAUCCAAUUCGGUUACAGUUCGUUUGCCACUUCGAUUCUCAUUUAGCCGGAGUUCCAAUGAUGAAAACAUUGCCACUGUAGAAGUUGGAAAUACUACUCAGUAUGAGGAGAAGCAACCCAGUAUCGCUAGCACCUUCAGUGUGGCCAAGGUGGAAAGUGAAGAUGAGGACGAUGACUGCGAGGUUAGUGUGACCAUCAGCUUGUCAAACUCUUCGCGUUCAAAUUCCGUAGAAAAGUCAACACAACCUUAUAAGACCUCUACUGCCUAUCCCGUGGAAGAUAUUAGCACACCAAAAGUCAGUAAAGAAGAUGUUUCUGCAUCGUUUUCACUGGGCAUGCGCAACAAAUUCAUGGGCGAAACAAUUGACCAUGAUGUGACGAACAAUAUUUCCCGAGAUCAACCAAUAGCAAAGAUCGAAGAAGUGAAAGAAGUUGCCAGCUCGCCCAAAGAGGAAUUCGAUUUCUUUGCCACAUUGAUGGCCACCAAAAUGCAGGCUCAGAAAAUGAUGGAGCAGUCCAAGAACAUGUGGAAAACUCCCGAGUCUAAGCCAGAGGAACCUGUAGCUGAAGCACCAAAAUUAAGACCUAAAGAAAAUGUGGUAGCGGCCAAACCACCAAGACCUAUUUCCGGUGAUAUGUCUAAAACUCAGGCUUCAUUGGAAGCCGCCAAAAAUAGUUUUUGGUCAACAUUCGCCACCGCAUCCAAAGAAAAAGAACCUGAAGAGCAGCCCGAGGAAGAAACUGAGGAAGUUGACUUUUGGGCUAGCAUAGAUAAGAAGGAAACCUCAGAAAAAGAGGAAAAGCAAUGGACCAAGAAAAAGAAGACCGUAACCUAUACUCCUCUGCAAAAAGAAUCAGUUACUAAAGUGGAGCACUGGACAACAACACUCAGAGCUCAGGGGAAAUCUCUUCCCACUGCCCAAAAAGCUGAGGUGCACUUUGUAGUUGAGGAAAAGCCAACGGAAGUUGAGCAACCUCAAGAGGAAAAUCAAGUUGAAGAAGAGGAUUUCUGGGCUUCGGUAAAUCAAACCAAAGUGGAAAACACAGUCACCUCAAGCUGGGAACAUACUACAUACAACCCAGAGCCUCAAAAUGAACGACAGAUUGAUAUCUGGCCCACUCAAGAAAAUGUAGAGGAAAUCAACCAUCAGGAAGAAGAGGAUGUGGACUUUUGGGGGAAUAUUGAAUCAACCGAUAACUACCAAGGCGAGGAGAAACCCAACAAAUUUACCUACGAUCCCACAAAAUAUCCAGAAGAACCUCGAGAAGUGGAUACCGAUGAGGAGAUUGAUUUCUGGGCUGAGAUCGAAGCCAAACGCCAACCAGGGGAAGAGGACGAUGAAGAUGUUACUUUCCAUAAGUCGGCUACUUUUUGGGCUCGCAAGGAACGUCAAAAUUCAGUGGAGGAGACUCCUUACAAACCAGUGGAGAUCAAGGCUUUUAGAGCCAAGUUACCCGACGAAGCCGCCGUGGAGAUUGAUGUUUGGGCCACUUUGGAGGCGGCCAGAGGUCAAGAGCCAGAAAUAGUUGAUCCUGUGGUUGAAGAGGAAAAGGUACUUGCUCAUAAAUACGAGGAACUCGAGCACGAUAUUCCGGAAGAGGAGCAACCAAAGGAGCAGAUAAAUGAGAAGCCACAGGAAGAGAUUCAUGAGAGCAACCUACACCAUGUGGAUACCAUGUCUUUGGCUUCAAUGCACGAACCAGCCACAGUUUACACCUGGAAUCCACCACCACAGGAAAUGGAGGAUAAAGAGACCGAAGAAACCGAUUUCUGGGCAGAUUUGGAACAGGAAAGAACCAAAAAGGAACAAGUCGAGGAGGCGGAACAGAAACGACAAAAUUACCGACAGGCCAUGGCCUUCUUUAAUACCUCAAUUGAUGGACAGCAAUCACCACCUCAACAAAAUAGCAGUCCCAAUAGAAGCAGUACUAUCCUGGAAGUUGAUGAGCCCGAAGAAGUGGACCUGGGUCCUCCUGGUGAAUACGAGAUAGUUGGCGAGGAUGGUGUCGUUGUUGAAGAGCACAAGCCAACAAUAAAUGAAGUUGAAGAGGAGGAGCGAGGAGCUGCUACACCCACAAACAUGGAGCCACAACUACCAGAGGUUUACGUAGAACCCGAACCGGAAGUAAGGCGACUGUCCAACGGACUUCCCGAUCUUGGCGUGGAAAAAUUCAGCGAAGCUCCUAAGAUAUCGGUUCGUGAUAGAAUCAGUGCCUUUGAGGUGAUACCUUCUCCGCAAAGCGAAAGCUCCAAGGGAUUAACCAAGCAAUCCCUUUCAGUGGACAGUGCUUAUGGCAAGGGAACCCUUUCCCGCAACAGCAGCACCCAGCGAUCCGAGUCUGAGAUUGAGGAGGAUGACUCCGGAGUGACAGACAUGAAUCGCCAGCUAUCCGAAACGGAUACGGAAUCGGAAAGUUUCCCUGAGCUGCGCAAGAUGACCAGUUACCAACGGGCGGCGACACAUUCCAGGCUGUUUAAGCUCCUGCAGGAUGAGAAUGAUGUUCCCGAGGCGGAAGCAAAUCAAGCCGAUGAGUUCCAGUUUAAGCCCAGUCGCAGGAAGAUCGUGCACAAUGUAUCCAUCACCAGGCGACAGAAUCCUGGAGCCCUGAAUGAUGCGGAGACCAUGACUCAGCGCAGGGAACGUCUUUCGUUGCCUCUUCGCAAGAACACCAGUAUCGAUGCGGACAACCCUUCGACACCAAAUAGCCCUGCUUCACCCAUCAUGGGUCCGUCGGCCAAGAAUCAGCGUAAGGUGAGCGACAAGUUGGUCAACGAACUGGUGCAGAGUCUGCUCCUCAAGAGCGACAGUUCGCACUUGAGGAAUCUGCCUAUGGAGAAACUUCAGGCAGCUGCAAAGAGAGCUCUGGUGGAGGAAAUGGACUCCACCCAGGAGAUCAGCUCACUGGACAGCACGCCGGCUCCCACGCCCAAAACGGAUAAGGAGUACUCCGACUACUACAACAGCUGGUGCGAAGCCAGCGGAGAUGAGUCGGUGCCCUCCAAGAGUUUUCGUGCUCUGCAGGAUCCACGUCGCAGCCCCUGGACGGCGAGAUGUCCUCGGGUUCUUAGCUCCAAGACGAUCAACCGGGAUUUGGCCCGCGUUACAGAAUCGCCGGAAAUCGCCAAUGGACGAGGCAGCAAAAGUCCGGAAUGCUUCCGCCAGAACUCACAAUCCCGGGAACGAUCCGUGAGCAGUUGGCGGAGAGUCUAGAGAAGAUGGCAAAGGAAUGCCUAUUGUAUAUACCAGGGCGGGUCUUUAGUCUUUAGCAGGGAUGUGAGACCGGUUCAAAUGGAAAAUCGAACCUCCUCAAAUUCGAACGAAACUAAAAAGCGAACUCAAAUCGAUACAGGAGAAGUACUCGGGUACUAAAGCCUUGGGCUCAGCCCAUUUCUGGUUGAAUAAACCAGAAUUUAGUGGGUUAUGCUUAAAGCCAAACCAUUUUCGAACCGGAUUUCGCUUCCGAACUUUUGGUAAAUUAAGCACCUUCUGCAUUUGGCCUCAACCAUCACUGCCUUUAAGAAUGGGUGAUAAAAGAGCCAGAUAUUGCAUUUCUCAUCUCAUUUUCAUCAACCCCCAACCAUCCACAUUGUACAUUAUGAAUAUCGAACACACUCAAUACAUUAAUAAACUAAAUCUAAUUAAACAUGUAAAUAAACCAAUUGAAACCAAUGAAAGGAAAUCGUUCAUUCGUUCGUUCGUUUGUUACCUCAGUAAAGCGCAAAAACCAAAGAAAACCAAACCAAAAAAUCACUUUCUAAUACUACAUGAGUAUUUCAAAAUUUGUAAACCGUAACUCAUGAAAUCGAACCAAAUAAUAACCAGCAUAUGAAACUGAAAAAAAUCUACCAAACGCCACAAUAAACAACAAAAUAAAAACCAAUUUCAUCUCAACUCAAUGAUUUUGUAAAACUCGUUCAAAAUCCUAAGGGCCUGGACAAUCGGAUCUAUAAUUAUUUCUCAACGCCAUAGAAAUCAAUUAUAGCAACUCAGCAGCAUCAUAUAAACGAAACUGAAAAUCAGAUUGCUUGUUAUAGUUAUCUAGUUUAAGUACCAGACACUCUAAGGAUCGCCACAAUCAAAUAACUUGGGAACGGGAACAAGUUUUUAGUAAAAUUUCUUUACACUAACAAACACCAUUGUAGUUGAAGAGGAAAGUUUUUUUUGUUAAACGCGAUUUGGUAGCAGCACUAAAACCAAACAAAAUUCUAACACAAUUACGAAGCAACUAGCGAGAGCGAAUAUUUACUAAUCCUAAAAGUUAAGAAGAAGAAAGCAGGUGCAAUGAGGUAACAACGAAACGAAACAAAUCCAAGAAAUCGACUAUGCUUGAUAUGUAUCCGGAUAACACGAAAGCGCGCAUCAAACACGACUAAUAAAAUAUUAAAUAUUUUUGUUACUUGCGAACAUUAUAAUUUCAUUACUGAAUAUUAUUUUUGGUUAUCAUCUAUAUUUAUUCAUUUACUCAGUUCGUAUGCAUACGAACAGUUUUUAAAUUUAAAUUUAUUUGAAUAUUAUUAUUUGAUACAUAUAUAAAAUAUAUUUUGUGUUGUAUAAUUUUUUAUGCAGUAAAUAUUUUUAGUAAAUAAAGAGAAGUAAAAUCAAACCA